UCUCUCUCUCUCUCCCUCCCUCCCUCCCUCCCCCCCCCCAUUUGAUCGUUGUUACUUCUUCCAUUAUCUUUAUGCGAGCAGAUCAUUGAGGCUGCGGAAAUUCCCUUAUCUGGUUGUUCGAGUGGAAGAAGCUUGUAUAGGCCUGCAGAGGAAGUAAGAUGGCAGUUAUAGAGGGACCAAUUAUUUGCCGUCCUGCUGUCCAACAUGCUAAGCAAGCAAGAGUUUCUGCUCCUAUAAUUAAUACUUCAUUAAUAAAGACUAGUCAUCUUAGAAGUGGAUUCUGGGGGUCUAAAGCUAGAUGCAGAAGUAUAACAAGAGUUGGAACUCUUUCUGUUCAACCUUGUGAAAGGAAAUGCUGGCCUGUUCGUUGUAGUUUCAGUUCAUCUUCUGAUGGUAAUGGCAGCAUGGCUGGGAACUUCAGUGAAAAUGAUGAAGAAUAUGUAAAUUCCAGUGUGAUUGAAGCAGUUGAGGUCAGAAGUGGAUCAGAUGGUUUCAUGAUAAAGAUGCGUGAUGGUACACAUUUGAGAUGUGUUCACAAUAAUCCUCAAGGAGGAAGCCUGCCGGACUAUGCUCCUCAUCCAGCCAUCGUACUAAAGAUGGAAGAUGGAAGUGAUCUUCUUCUUCCUAUUAUUGUCUUGGAGAUGCCAAGUGUGUUGUUAAUGGCUGCAGUUCGGAAUGUUCAUAUUGCUAGGCCAACUAUAUAUCAAGUAGUGAAAGAGAUGAUUGAAAAGAUGGGAUAUGAGGUACAACUUGUUCGAGUCACCAAAAGAGUGAACGAGGCCUACUUUGCUCAGUUGUUCCUUGCAAAGGCAAAUCCUGAUCUUUUCAAAUUGCCUUUUGUUAAUGUUAGCCGUAUCCUCGUGAAUGUAAAUCCUGAACUACAUCAUGUCCUCAUGCAGGUGGGGAAUGAAAAAGAGAGCAUCAGCUUUGAUCUUCGACCUUCAGAUGCCAUUAACAUGGCUGUGCGGUGCAAGGUGCCUAUACAAGUCAAUAGACAUCUUGCAUACAGUGAUGGGAUGCGAGUGAUGGAACCGCCUAAGUUGGCAGUGCAGGCUUCUCAGUCGGAUGGAAUGUUAUUCACAGAACUGGACAGGCCUGAUGGUCACCCUUGCUUGGAAACCAAGGAGUUCGGUUUGGUCCGUAACAUGCUGAUUGCUGCCGUUGAGGAAAGAUACAAAGACGCUGCUCGAUGGAGGGACAAGCUUUUUCAGCUGCGGUCCAAGAGAAAGAACCGGACGUGACAGACUGCUUUCUUUGCUGCAGUGUCCCCGGCUGCACACGAAGCCUGCGUUUGGAAGCAAGCAAGUGCAAACCUCACAUCCAUGGUAUAUCAUGCAUCUAGUACUUAGCCGCCACGCUUGUGUAUGCAUGUAUAGUUGCUUAUGCCAUGGUGGCAUAUAAGAUGGCAUGUGGCAAUAUGUAAAUAUUGAACUAUAGAACAUAUCCUCAGAUUAUAGACUCGUUUAUCUACUCGGUUUUUUAAUUUGCUCUUGCUUGUUUUCUUUUUUUGAUGGUUGGAGGCUAGGAAAGCAACCAUCUGUUCUUUAUCGAUAAGAGUAAUAUAUACAGCGAUGGUUACCAAGGGUC